GCAAUUCUAUAGCAUUACUGUUGUCAGUAAGUCAGGAAGCGAUUAUAAUUAUUCUAAUACUAUUUUUUUCUUUCAAUUAAUGUGUUUUAUAUGAUGCAUUUUACUCGGAAAAAACAAAUUUACUAAAAAAUAAACUUCUAUCAUGGGGCUACAACCACUUGAAUUCGCGGAUUGCCUUACAGAUAGCCCCUACUUUCGUACAAAAUUAGCCGAACAUGAGAAAGAGUUAGAGCGUACAAGCAAGUUUAUAAAAACAUUGAUUCACCAUGGCAGAGAAGUCUACAAUGCAGCUAAACAAUUUUCUAAAGCACAGAAAGCCUUAGCUAAGGAUUUAAUGGAAUUUAAAUUUGAAUGUAUUGGAAACCAACUAACAGAUGAUGAAAUUUUUAUAUCUAAUUCCUUGUCCAAAUUUGGCAAGUUUAUUGAAACUAUUGAAGAGCACCGAGAUAUCUUGAUUUCUUCAGCAGAAGAUCAGUUUGUUAAACCUCUUGAUAAUUUUCGUAAGGAAAACAUUGGAGCAGCAAAAGAAGAGAAGAAGAACUUUGAUAAGCAGACAGCCAAGUUUUGUCAGUCACAAGAAAGGUAUCUUAAUAUGAAAGCUUCCAAAACCAAUGAGUCUGCACUACAAGAGGCUGAUACACAAGUGGAGUUUGAGAAGAAAGCUUUCUACACAGCCUCCAUGAAAUAUGUUCUCAAAUUGCAAGAAGUUCAGGAGAAGAAAAAAUUUGAGUUUGUUGAGAUACUCCUCAGCUACAUGUUGGGCUGGUUGACUUUCUACCAUCAAGGAUAUGUUGAUCUGGAAGACUUCAGGAGCUAUGAUAAUGAUUUAAGGCUCUUGUUACAAAAGACCAGAGAAAAUUUUGAGUGUACAAGAGACGAAGCGCAGAGUCUGAUGGGCCGUAUGUUGAAUGAAAACAAAGCUUUGCUUCAUGCAGCCCAGUGGAAACCUUCUGAUCAGUCUGGAACAUUAAAGGGUUUUACAAGACAAGGAUAUCUGUAUUUAAUGGAGAAAAAGACGCUCGGGACAACGUCAUGGACUAAAUAUUACUGCCAGUACAAGAAAGAUAGUAAAGAGUUCUUCAUGAUUCUCUACAAUCAAUUGGGUGGCAAAUUGAAUGAGCCUGAAAAGUAUACACUUGAAAAAUGUGUCAGGCGUGCAUCAGACUCCAUUGAGAAAAGGUUUUGCUUUGAUGUCACACUGAAAGAUAAGUUAGAAGACAGAACACAGGGAGACAGCUUUAAGUAUUUCACUGCCAGUGUCUUAAAAUCAUCUUUGAAAGCUCAUCAGCAUCCUAAAUUUGUCAGAGAAAGGUCAGGACCAUUGACUUUCCAAGCACUCUCUGAAGAUGACAGAAGACUUUGGCUGGAUGCAAUGGAUGGGAAAGAGCCAACGUAUACCAUGCAUAAGAUUAAAACAGAAGAUUCAAAUCUGGAUGAUGUGGGAUUUAACUUUAUCAAGAGGUCUCUAGCUGCCAUAGAAUCUAGAGGUUUACAAGAACAGGGUCUGUACAGAGUAGUAGGAGUCAAUUCCAAAGUCAACAAUCUCAUCAAAAUCGCCUUAGAUCCCAAGAAGACAGAGAAAAUCAACUUUGAGGACCCUUCAGUUUGGGAAACUAAAACAAUCACCAGUGCUGUAAAGACUUACUUGAGAUCUUUGCCUGAACCUUUGAUGACCUUUCAACUUCAUGAAAACUUUAUAAAAGCUGCCAAGCAAGAGAGUAAAACACUAAGGAUUCUAGAUGUCCACAAAUAUGUCCACCAGCUACCUGAUGCCAACUUUAGAAUGCUGGAUAUGUUGAUAGGACAUUUGAAGAGGGUGUCCGAGGAAUGUGAGUUGAAUAAGAUGACUGUGGCUAACCUGGGAGUGUGUUUUGGACCUUCUUUGAUGCGCCCUGAAGAGGAGUCUAUGGCUGCGAUUAUGGACAUAAAAUUUUGCAAUAUUGUCGUGGAGAUCUUAAUUAACAAUUAUGAACAGAUAUUCAAAAGUCCACCUGAUGGCACUGACGUAAGUGAAUCAAGAGUUAUUCCAAACACCAACCAGCCAGUCAAUAAGACCCCAGUACCCAACAAUAGCGAGCCGCCUGCUAAAGGGGCCCCAAAUUCUGGUCGUAAUGUUAACCACUCAGCCAACCAGCCUCAAAGACUCUAUGGAAAUGUUGCGCCAGUAAUGCCCAAUUCUUCUGGAGCAGUGCGGGUGAAGCCUAGGCCAGUGCAGAUCUUUAACUCAUCUACAGGAGGAUUUGACAUUCACAGUAGUACGAGCAGCAGUACUGAGUCACUCAAUUCAGCCAAGAGUAACCUGUCGCCUCGUGCAGUCUCAGGGAGUACAGUCCCAUCUGUUGCAGACGUUGCUGCUCUGAGGCGUGGCUCAAACACAAAAGAACCACCAACGUAUACAAAUGUGAAUCAAUUAGGGUUACGAGGAAACAUUUUGGAUCUGUAUUCUUGUUACUCAGCAUUCCAACCUCCACGACCGUCAAGGUACAACUUAAAUCUAUCUGGCAAUGAUGCUCCUGCCUUUGGAAGUGUGAAGAAGAGAAGCAGCAAUGAUUACAGUGGGCAGUCUUCAAUGUCAACAUCAAUGCAAGGAAGUCUGACUGGGAGUGUAUCUAGCCUAUCUUCUAGUAAACCACCUCGAAGAACUGUGCGAACAAAAUACAGAUGUGUUGGAGAUAAUGAGACUGAGCUAUCUUUCGAGGCCAACCAGUUAAUUCAUAAUGUUCGACCGUCAAGGGAACCUGGUUGGCUGGAAGGAACCUUGGACGGCAAGACUGGCAUAAUACCAGAAAACUAUGUGGAAUAUAUAGACAAUCUUGAUACUAACCAUUAGCCUGGCCUGUAGACUAAUAGGUCAAGGUCACACCUGGCCACUGUUUUUUUACCUUCUGCCAAGAGGAAUGUCAACCUAAUUUUUUUUUUGCUAAAUUGUAACUGGAUAGAAUUAUUAGCAAUGUUUUUAUGCGAUUGAAACCAAAUGUUAAACUAGGACAUAGGAUCAGACUUAGACAAUGGUUCAAGUUAUUAAAUAAAAAAGUUGUUGUUUUUUUCCAUAUUUUACAAAUUUUUAUAUGAAUAGAGGUUCACGGGCCAAUUUAAGUCUGUGGUCCUUAUUACUUUUAGAUUAUUAGCAUUGUCUUAAUUGUUUAUAAUAUUUUGUGUAAACAUCAGUUUUUGUAAGUGGUCUUACACAAGUUCUGUAUCCAGGUCCAUGAUCCCUCCCCCCUCAUAUGCUCAUUGGCAUAAACCUUUCUUUUAAAACUUUUAAUAUAGGAAAACACUCUACAAGCUUAGUGCAUUUCAUAGGCUGUAGAGCUAUCAUUGCUACCUGUUUAUCAAUAAGGUUUCUGUUAGCUAAUGUUUGAACUCAAAAACUCAAGUCUCGAAAGAUAAAUAACAAAGAGUGGCAGAAAUUGAUGAAGAAUUGAAGCUUUUUAAGUUUGUUUAAUUUUGCUUGACUUUCAAGUUUUAGCACAACUCAUUGUCAGAUUUGAGGAGAGGCUCAAUCUUAUAAUGAUUUGACUAAUUCUUUUGGGGAGGGACUCAUUCUUUUAAUGCUUUGACUAAUUCUUUUGGGGAGGGACUAAUUCUUUUAAUGCUUUGACUAAUUCUCUUGGGUAGGGACUCAUUUUUUUAAUGUUUUGACUAAUUCUCUUGGGGAGGGACUCAUUCUUUUAAUGCUUUGACUAAUUCUCUUGGCUAGUGUAAUGAAGGUGGUGCAGAGAGUGACACUCCUAAUGUUGAUGUGAUGCAAAACAAAAAUUACAAACUUGAUAUCAACCUACAGAAUAUCAAGUUGAUUUAAAGUACUGUGAUUUGUGAAAAGCUUUUUUUUUCCCUGUAAUAUGAACCUUCAUUGUGGAGGCCUUGUUCAUUUGUUUGUCCUGUUGCACUGGCUCAGUGGCAAAAUGAGAAUCUGCAACUGUUGUGUGAUUUGGAAGUAAAAUUUGUAAAUAUUUUUUGCUUGUGCGAUUUGAAGAAAUUGAUUUGCUCAUUUUAGUGUCAUUUGUUUGAAAUACAAACCUAAUCAAGUCACAGUUUGUAUUGCAAUGUGUGGGGCCUAUAUUGGUUUAACUUUGUAGAUAAAAUGCUAUAUGAGCCAAAUGUUUCUAGUGUAGAUCUUUAGACAUACAUGUAAGUGCUAACAAUGAGAUUUGUACUGUGUUCUUUUACUCAAGUGUUUAAAUUUCCAUUUUGAGAAUUAAUUUGAUUCUGACAUGGAAAUGAUUUUGCUGCUAGAAUGUGAAGGGAAAGUUGCCUUUAUUUAAAGGAAGACAAGGGAGGUUAUUGAAGUUUUAUUUAUAUUGGUUUGUAGAACUGUAUAGAACAUUGUUUCUCUUAACCACAUCUUAUACAUUUAAUAUAUAAACACUGGAAUAUUGACUAGGGUCAAUAAAUUAUAUAUUAUACUUCUAUGGUUUCAUUAGUUCUUAGUACUUGGUUUCAUUCUUUGGCUUCAAUAGUUGAAGCUGUUGCUUUUUUGUUUUUUCUCAAACUAAGCAAACUUGAAGAUUUUCUUUUGCAACUGGAUUUAAACACUGAAUUAAAAUCAGUGUAUUCUUGGUUCUAAGUUGGGGUAUGCAAGGUGUACAUCGUUCAAUUAGGCUGGUGAGAGGUCUUGUUCGCUUUUGCAAGCCUUAGGGUUCCAAGUGUGAUGCACAACUCUAGACGAUAAUUUGAAAUGGUUUGGGUACUUAUCAAAUUGGUCAUAUAUUAUGCAUAUUUCGAACCCUAAAAUGAGCAAAUAAAUUUGGAUCCUAUUCAUUUUACCAGGGACUGUGUUUAUUUUUAUUUGAUCACAUGACACAGAUGAAGUGGGUUGGUCUAGUCUUUGCUCUCAAUGAGGAGUGAAGAAAGAGUGAACUUUACUUCCUCAAAGAACUUUUCCCCAUAGAAGUAGGCCAAUUACUUUGUUUCAAACCAAGACCUAGUCUUUGUGAAAGUUGAAUUUAAAAAAAAAAAGGGUGAUUUAAAAACUAGAUCUGUGUAGGUGUGGUUGACUACAAUCUUGUUUUCCUGGGAUGAUGUUCCUGGAUGUUCUUCAAAUAACACAUUACUCAGCUGUGCGGGGUUGUGUUUGGUCCCAGUGUAUGGAACUGUUGCAUUCAUAAUAUUUGUGUUUACUACUUUGUUUGUAAAAGUGCCUCUUGAUUUGUUCACUUGGUGUCAGUACUAAACCAGACAGAGCAACUGUUACACCUGUAUCUGUUCAGUUAGUUGACUUAUAGUUUAACCAAAAUGAGGUUUUUUAAAAGAAUAAGUUUGGUGUUUUCCCAAAAUUUAAGUCAUUUUAUUCAUUCAGAAAUUAUUUGGGCUAUCUUUAACUGAACAUUCAAUUGGUUUUGAGAUGUCAGUUGUUUAAAUAUGUCAUUUUAAUUUUGUGCUUCUGUUUUUAACAUUUUAGAUUACCUCCGUUGUGUAAAGGGCUCUUUUUUUUUUUUCAAAUUUUAAGAAAAUAUCAAGGUUGUGAUAUAGGUCAUGAGUUUAUUUAGUUUGUUUGAAUCUUGUGUUGACAAUUUUAAAGAUAUAGACCUACAAGAUAAUUGUCGCCAGCAUAAUUCUUUGACCAUUUAUAUUUGACUUUUGUUUUAUCUUGCUUUGUGCAUUUUCUUGUCUACCUUUAAAACAAAAACUUUUUUUAAACAUUUCCUUUGAAUGUACAUAAUGGAAGAACUUUUGUGUACUUUGUACUUGCUUCUAUCAUUUGUUCAUCAUCUGAACUGUUCUUUAUAGCCCAUUCUUUGUCAAGAUUUGUGCUUUUACCUGUUCUGGUUAUUUUAAAUAGUUUUAGAGGUUGGCACAUUUGUGUCUUGAUAUGAUGUCUUUCUCUGUUAUAUGUUAUAUCUUUUGGUGACUAACUGUUUGAUACCAAAAUGGUUAAACUGGAAACCACAGUCAGAGGAUCUGUGUUGCAGGCAUAGUCGUUGCUAAAGUAACAUAACAUUCUUAUCGUCAGAGAAGUUAAUUGAUUAAUUUUAUUCAAGAACCUUGUAUGUAAUUGUACACACUGGAUCUUGUUGUUCAUUGUAAUAUAUUGAUUUAUUUUAGUGAGUUCAAAUAGGUCAACAUUAUUUAUAACUUGUACCUUCACUUUUCCUGUAGUCCAUUGGGUCACCACUAUUGAUCUGCUGGUCAGUUCUUUCUAUUAUCUCUUUUUUUUUCUGCCUCAUGAAGAUUUAAAUAUUUUGAAGAAAAUCUAUGAAUGUUUUUUUGGAUAUGAAAACAUGGCCAUUACAUUUCUUGGUAUGAGCUAGUCUUCAGGACAUAGAGGUGUUCCAUUUAUCUUGGAGUACACUGUCAGUCUCUGUUCAUUCCUAAAGUAUCUAAGUCAAGUUUCUUGGACUUUCCAACUCUACAAUUAAAUCCUUGGCCUAGGCCAAUGUCAGCAUAACUUGGGAACCUUUCAGCCUGACCUUUAGAUCAGAAAACAUAAAAAGUGCAUGCAUUGUGGAGUGAAUGAAAGCAGGGAAGAUUAAAAAUGAGAAUAAUUCUUUAGGUUUUUUUUUUUUUUUGCUUUUGUGAAAGAUGACAUUUUACAUAGGUCAGUGCCACCAGUGCUGGGCAACAUUAUAUUUUCACUGGAAUAUUUUCUUAUGUAAUGUUGGGAACUAGAUGAGUACAUAGUGACUGUAAAACAAAACACUUCACUUUGAACUUUCCCAGCCUGCAGCCUUCAAUGAAUUAGACUUGUUUCUGUUAUGUCUCCUACUCAAUUCACAAAACACAAUUAUUUUUGUUAUAUUACCCUAGCAAGUUUGUAUUACAUGUGAUAAGUAAAAGAUAACAUUUUUUAGGGGACAUACUUGCUAGUUGGAUUAUCAAAUGGGUAACAGGAGAAUGGAAGUAUAGAUUCAUGUUGCAUCAUCUAUAGUUCAAAGACAUAACAGUCUUUAGGUUGAAGUUUUUUUUCCUCUACCUUGUUCAAAUCAAAUACUGUUUAUAUAAAUGUUCGGUUCAUUUAGUUGCUUGACAUCAUUGACUUGGACAUUUGGUGCCGGUAAUUGGUUCAAAUAAUAUUUGCUGCAUAAAAGUGAGAUAAACCACUCAUGAUCUAAGAUUCACUUAUAUUUCUUUUCUUUCUUGAUUCAACUAUUGUGUUACCUUGUGCUUCAUUAUUCUUUUUGUUUUGUUAAUAUUUAAUACACAGAGGAUCUCAUUCUAAACUGAAUAACUUUUUUUUAAAAAUCUCUCCAUGUUCUAGUUUGAAAAUAAUGAGCAUAAUGGUCUUCUUUGAAACUUGUCCUACUCAGAAUACUCAUGCAUGUUGUCCAGUGGCUAGUAACCUAAUGAUACGUCACACAUGCAUUCCAUCUUAGACACUAUAUCUUCAAAUGAUUUUAUAUUUGAAUAGUUGCUGAUUAUUCUUUUAAAAAAACAACAUGGAAGACCACUGGUUCCAAACAAUCUAUCCCUUGAAAAUGUUACAAAUUAUAGAGGAAUUGAGCAAAUUCUUUGAUGUAUUUUGAAAGUUUCAAUGACUAGUGAUGUUUACUAUUUAAAGUUCUGUGUAAGUUUGUAAUCAUCUCUAAACAUGUUUGUCCUGAGGUAGUAAUGAAAACACAAAGUAGGAUGUAAACCAAGGUUUGCUUCUAUCUAGUUAUUUUGUGCUAGUAGAAACUUGUGUUUUUGUCUCCCAACAUUCCAGUGAAAUGAUCUUUGUAUCUGUUGCCUUGGUAGUUUUUGUUUGCCUUUUUCUUUUUAAAUGUUAUCAUUCUUAUGUUUCAAGUUAAUUACACAAAACACAGGAACCCAAAGUUGUGACCUGAAUUCUCAAAAAUCUUAAUGAUUAAGUUAGUGUCUAUAUCACAGAUGUUUGACAUUGUCUAGGUGGUUCAGAAAUCUCUUUCUAAACACAUCAGUUGGCUCUUUGCCCUGCCUUUUGUUCAUUUCUU